CCGGGGGUCCCGCCGGGACCCGCUCCCCGCCGCUCACAGCCCCUGGGCCGGGGCAGCCCCGCCGAGCCCCCCCCCCACCGGGCCCCGGUGGAAGGCGGCGGAGGCCGCGGCGCGGGGAGGCAGGAGGGGCUGGUUCUGAAGUGGCGAGGCCGGUUGCGCGGGGCGGGGGGGCUGCCGGCCCGGCUGGGAGCAGGGAAGCACCCCCGGCGGGAUCCUGCCCGGCUGCGUCUGUCAGCGCCGCCCGAACACCCGGGAGUGCUGCGGGGAGGAGCCACGAGGCAGGUGCCGCAGCUUUGCCCUCUUUAUUUUCACUUGUUAACGGCAACAAGCUGUGAAUUACCGGUGAAACGAGUUGCCUCGCUGCGCACGCUGGCUGAGGACUGGAGAGUGGGGAGAGGAAUUGUUUCCUUAAUAGAAAUAAGCCAAACUCACGUCAUGUACAGGGUUUUACAGCUUGAUCCUCGGGUGAGGCUUUAACACCCUGCGUCAGGGGAACUGCCUCGGGAGGGACUGGUAUGCAAGGGCUGUUAAGGAAACUUCCAUGAAGACUGAGUGCAAGAUAAAGAUAAAAAGUGCAGCAGUUAAAAUAAUGUCCAUUACUAAGGCACGUGCUGGCAGGCCGAUUAAAGGGGUUCUAUGUUAAAAGAACAGCGUGCAGAUCAUCUUUCCGCAAACCAGAAGUAAUUUACAAACCCACCUCUGCUGUUGCUGUUAAACGAAAAUACCUGUUUAAAGGUAGCUUUUUUAUGUAAGAUUUGGCAUGUGGUGUCUGUGCUGCCCCCUCCUCCUUCCCUAAGCAAGUCUUUUGACAUAUUUCCAAGGAAAACAAGAGUAAUGGAUCUGUGGUUAAUUUUUAAAAGUCAUUUUUAAAUACAGAUUUUCCAUCCCUCAGAGGGAGGUUUCUGAUCUACAUGGCUGUGCACAGGCUUCUGCUUCCCCAGCUGGGAUAUAUGCUAAUAUUAGAAGGGAAGCAUAUUCAGUGCCAGCAGCAGCCACCUGGAGUGGCACCUGGAAUGCCCCUGCUCCCCAGGGACCAGGGAUGUCACCCUCAUCCUGCCGCCAUCAAGCCAAAUGGAACUUGGGAGAUUCUGCAACAUCACUGAAGCCCUUCCUGAAAGGUGGGCUUUAAAGGCCUGUGAACUGCAGCUGAUAGAUAAAAAUGGCUUUUUUGUCUUCUCUCUAUGAACAUAAAAGAACUUUCUUCGUUGAAGUUGUCAUCAUCCACUUGAGCAAUUGGUGAAGUUAAAUGGAGUGAAGGUUUCUCUCUGAAAUGCUCCUGAGGAUGAAGCAGGCAAAGCCAGCAGGGAAGCAGGAGCACUGUGUGCAUGCAGCCAUUAUUCAGAAGAAGCUGUUUACAUCCCUCAGUGACCAGCUCUUCCUUUUAAAGGCUAACAACUUCCUUCUCUCUCCCUAGAAGAAAUGUUUUCCCCCCCAUUUCUUUUAAUGGCUAAGCAAUGCAAUAGCAAAGGUAUUGAAACCCAGUCUGCUGAAAAAUAACUUAAUGAUGUGAACCCUCUUCUGUUCCUUUUGAACGGAUGGCUGCUUCAGCAGGAGAGCUGCUGGGAUCUGCUCCCUGCUGGGAGGGAUGCAAGGAUGGAGCGACCUGGAUGGAAGCUGAGCAGCAAUCAGAGUGGUAUCAGUCUGAACCAGAGCACAAGAACGAGAAUUGGAGCACCUUGGAAUAGAUGCAAGUACAAGACUUGGCACCAGCUAAAGCUGCCUUGGAAGAAAGCCAUGGCUGCUGCCCCUCAUCUCAACUCGGACGCACUCCGUGAGGUCCUGGAGUGCCCCAUUUGCAUGGAGUCCUUCACUGAGGAGCACCUGAGACCCAAGCUCUUACACUGUGGGCACACCAUCUGCAAACAGUGCUUGGAGAAACUUCUGGCCAACAGCAUCAAUGGGAUACGGUGCCCCUUUUGCAGCAAAAUCACACGGAUCACAAGCUUAGCUCAGCUGACUGACAAUCUUACUGUGCUGAAGAUCAUAGACACUGCUGGACUAGGGGACGUGGUGGGUCUUCUCAUGUGCAAGGUCUGUGGGAGAAGGUUGCCAAGACACUUUUGCAAGAGCUGUAGCUUGGUUUUAUGUGAGCCCUGCAAGGAGGCGUCACACAUGCCCCAAGGGCACAGAGUCAUUGCCAUCAAAGAGGCUGCUGAAGAGAGGAGGAGGGAAUUUGGGACAAGGCUUGCCAGACUUCGGGAGCUCAUGGGUGAUCUGCAGAAGAGAAAAGCAUCUCUAGAGGCUGUUUCGAGAGACCUGCAGUCCAGAUACAAAGCAGUUCUGCAGGAUUACAGCAAAGAAGAGCGCAAGAUCCAGGAAGAACUGGCCAGGUCACGCAAAUUCUUCACCACCUCUUUGUCUGAUGUGGAAAAGGUAAAUAAUCAGGUAAUGGAGGAGCAAGCUUAUCUGCUGAACUUAGCAGAGGUGCAGAUAAUGUCUCGCUGUGACUAUUUCCUUGCCAAAAUAAAGCAGGGAGAUAUUGCUCUCUUGGAGGAGGCAGCAGAUGAGGAAGAACCAGAACUGACAAACAGUCUCCCAAGGGAGCUGACUCUUCAAGAAGUUGAACUCCUUAAGGUGAGCCAUGUGGGACCACUGCAGAUUGGGCAGGUGGUGAAGAAGCCUCGGACUGUUAAUCUGGAGGAACUGCUGAUGGAAACUGCAGCAUCCUCGUCGGCAUCAUUUCGGGAGCCUGAGGUAGUGCAGGAGGAGGUCGGCUGCACACCCAACUCCUCCCCAGCCAAGCCAAGGAUGCCUGAAGCAGCCACCAGCAUCCAGCAGUGUUACUUCAUCAAGAAGAUGGGCUCCAAGGGCAGCCUGCCAGGGAUGUUCAAUCUCCCCAUCAGCCUACACGUCACCCUGCAAGGAGAGGUGCUUGUGGCAGACAGAGGCAACUUCCGAAUCCAGGUUUUUACCCGCAAGGGCUUUCUGAAGGAGAUCCGCCGCAGCCCGAGCGGAAUCGAUAAUUUUGUACUGAGUUUCCUUGGAGCAGACUUGCCCAAUUUGACUCCCCUUUCUGUCACCAUGAACUGCCAUGGCCUGAUCGGUGUGACUGACAGCUACGAUAACUCUGUCAAGGUCUACACCAUGGAUGGUCACUGUGUGGCAUGUCACCGCAGCCAGCUAAGCAAGCCCUGGGGCAUCACUGCCCUGCCUUCGGGGCAGUUUGUAGUGACUGACGUGGAAGGAGGGAAACUCUGGUGCUUCACAGUGGACCGUGGUGUGGGGGUAGUGAAGUACAGUUGCUUAUGUAGCGCUGUGCGUCCCAAGUUUGUCACCUGCGACGCUGAAGGGACCAUCUACUUCACUCAAGGGCUGGGGCUCAGCCUGGAGAACCGGCAGUACGAGCACCAUUUAGAAGGAGGGUUUUCAAUUGGCUCCGUCGGCCCAGAUGGGCAGCUGGGACGCCAGAUCAGCCACUUCUUCUCUGAGAAUGAGGAUUUCAGGUGCAUUGCUGGGAUGUGUGUUGAUCCUAGAGGAGACCUCAUUGUUGCUGACAGCAGCCGUAAGGAAAUCCUGCACUUCCCUAAAGGAGGGGGCUAUAAUAUCCUAAUCCGGGAAGGACUCACCUGCCCAGUUGGCAUUGCUAUUACUCCCAAAGGGCAGCUGCUGGUGCUGGACUGUUGGGAUCACUGCAUUAAAAUCUACAGUUACCAUCUGAGAAGAUAUUCCACCCCUUAAGGAUGUCUCUCUAAGCAAAGCCUCUUUUGGCAGCAGAGAUUCUUCCUGCCUCAUUGCAAUCUUGAUGGGAACCAGUGUCAGGCGUUCAGGACGAUUGUGCCAUAAACAAGGAGGGUUUGGCAUAGAUGCCAUCAUGUUUUGUGUUAGGAAACAAAAUAGCUUACGUGGUGGUGGUCUGCUUUUUCUUCUCUUUUUUCUUCUUGUAUAAAUUCCAUACAAUAAAGAAGAACAAGUGCAAGGGAAAGGAUCCAUCCUUCUGGAGUACUAGUUCCUUGCUAAAUGACUGGUUAUGCCAUAAACCUUCUCACCUCCUUUCACCACAUCUCUUACAUUUCCAGCUUCAACCACUGUAUCUUUCUUUGUGCCAUAAACACUGAUUGACUGCUCUAAAUUACCUUCCCUUAGAAGACUAGAGAGGCAAUCCUCUUGCUCUGGUACUCACGAGGAACUGGGUAGUAGUUGUCUGGGCAACUACUAGGGAGAGCAAUUUCUGAUUGCAGCACUGCAUAAAACAAAAUUGCCCUCUUAAACUGCAGGGAGAUGGAGCUUUACUUUCAAACUGAGGAGGGAGGGUUUUCUCUCUCUGUUUUUCUGGUAUUCAGGAGGUAGCCCCUGUCGUGCCAUUUGUGAACUGUGUCUGUUCAAUGUGAAGUAAGUACUGUGCAAUCAUGGGAGACUGAGCCUGAGCCAGAAAACUGCCCUCUGAUGGCAGCAGCGUUUUUAUUACUACUAGGAGUUCUGCUAGGUAGAAGGGGGUAAAAAAGGGAGGGGGUGGAGGAAAAAAAAAAUAUCAAACUUACAGUUGAUGUUCACUGUUUUGUUAUUAAAUGUAUUCUGGAAACUGUCUUUGAAAGGUAUGUCUGGUAUCUAAAGCUUCAUGGGGGAGGAGGGAAGGGCUGGGAGAUUAAGACUGGGAGAUUGUAGUACGUGGGAUUAAAUAUUGUGUGUUCACCUGCACUUGACUCUCCUGCAUUCCACACCAUUGCAUUGAGCAAUUUUCACUCAUCUGCACUCCCUAAGGCACUUGCUGCUGAGAUAGGGCUGAGACUGUUUUGCUUUUAUUUUUUUUAAUAUUUGGAAGCAUGUCUCUUGGUGCACUGCCUGUUUUUCCCUUGCACAGCAAAACAGUACGUUCCUUCCUCAGAUUUUUUUUAUAUUUAUUUUUUUUUCCUACAGUACCAGCAGGCACCAGAGUUCAUGUUCAUCAUGGCUUUGGGCCAAAUGAAGCACAAAACUGCAGCUGUGUGAACCAAGGCCCCCACAGUGCUACUCUCCUGGCUGAUAAAUGUGUACCUCACUGUGGUGCUGCUCGCCUAGAAUAGUUUAUUUGAAGGAAAGAUGCAUUUAAAUAGGGCACAUUGGUAGCAUGUUAAUCUGCCACAGAUAAUAGUUACACUGCAGUGCAUUUAUUUGUUGCUACCAACAACGUUGUUGCAAAUUUGGGGGCACGACAGGCAACAUAAAAGCUGAUUUUAUGGUGGCUGCCAUGCUACAGCAAAUUGUUUGCUACUUGUGCUGCAACAUGUAUGCAACAGGUGAUACUUUUAAGCCCCCACCUACUUUUCCCCUAGUGAAACAGCGAGGUAAAACAGGCUUCAGAGCUGCUGCUGCUCCAGCCGGUUGUUUGGCAGUUACAGGGUUUGCAGAAGUGCUGGGAGCAGAUAUUUUUUGUGAGGUUUUGUUUUGUUGGUUGUUUUGUUUUUUUUUUUAACUCGUCUCCCUGUUCUGCUCAGCCAAAGUGCUGAAGAGGGCCAGCACAACAAACACCCAGCUGGGUGAUGGAGGUGCCCUUCUCCAUCAGGGAAACUUCCUAUUUCUCUAGCCAUAAUUUGCUGGAAACAGCUUGUGGAGAAGGGACUAGGAACUAAGACACUAGCACAGAAGAUGGUGCUGAGGGAGCCCAAGGGCAAUGAUUGAACCCCCCUUCCCUCCUGAGCCACUCUGUGUGUUUGCACAUAAUUAUUUACAUUCUCUGCUUCUGUUUUUUGGGUGGGAGGGGGCAGUUGCCUAAGAUAUGCAGCAGCAAUUUGGGAAACCCAUCUCAUCUUGCAUGUAUGUUUUUGGGAGAUGACAACUAUUACUGGGCCUUUCUGCAGUUAAUUACAUUGUAACUCAAGGCAUUUUUUCCACUAUUAUGGUAAUGGCAGUUUCUCUCCUACUGAUCUCUUUUAAACAUUUCUCCUAAGAACUGCUCCAAGCAGGAAGCUACCGUGGACCUGAAUAAUUGAAGGAAUAUUAUCUGUGAUAAUAUGUACCUCUGUCAUUUUCUGUUCCAAUUGAUUUUCUGUUUUAUAUAUUUUUUUUGCAAUAAACAUCACACUACUAGCAAUAACAUUUCCUGGAGUGCUUGAAGGGACAUAAAAGCUGGUCCAGCAAACUGAGCAGUUGGUUACCCCAGACUGUUCCUGGUCACACAGUUCAAACAAAGCAUCUGUCAUCUGCUUCUACUCAGAGAUUCAAGAAAAGUAACACUACUCUGCCAUGUAGUAGUGGGCCAGGACACUGUGAUUGGUGCCUGAGGGCGUGUGUUGCCUGCAGCUCUUCCUCUAGUCCUGGGUUUCACGCAGAAAAGGGAAAAAAGGAAACCUGCUGUCCCUCACCCAGGGUGCACAUGUCCCCUGGCAAAACUUGACAGUGACUGAGCUGGUUGUGCAGAGCUAUCUUUCUUGCUGUGGUGCCUCCACACAAUGUUGUGAUCGUCUGCCAAACAAGAUGAAAUGGAGUAAUUAAGGAUUGUGAAGAAAUAGUUUGGCUUCUGCUCUUUACCUGGAGAAGGAGCUUGUCUGGUUUUACGUAUGUGUUUGGUUUUUAAAGAUGGUGUAAUAAAGGAAAAAUUGAUCCAAUUAAAAGCACAUUGCAAACGGCUCAUUUUCUUAUUAAAAACGCUUCAUCUCCUCC